UAUCGUCGUCUAUCUCACUGUGACCGUACGUCGCCACGGAGCUCUUUCAUUUUUACCUGCUGCUAACUUGGAGUAAAAUUAAUCGGUAGUUGAGAUUGUAAAUUAAAAAGCUCACUGUGCUGCAUAUAUCUGCUACUAGCGAACAGUUAUCGAGUGUGCGUUCUCGCGUUGUGCUGUGUUUUUUUUUUUUUUUUUAUUAUUUUUUUUGAUAGCCGCGUUCUAUCGAGAGCAAGUUUAUCGCGGAGUGUUUGGUGCAAGACCCAGCUUCAUUUCUUCUUUCAGUUGGCGUUUAUUAUAGAUCGUCCAACAUCAUGGCAGGAUUGCAACUUUCAGCAAGUUCGAGAUGCGUAAAAUAUCUCAUGUUCAUAUUCAACCUAAUAUUCGUUAUAACUGGAAUUCUACUGAUAUCGAUUGGAUCGGUGAUUCUGGGUGUUUACCACGACUAUGAACACUUUUUGGAUAAUAAAUUCUUCUCCGUUCCUGCGCUUCUUAUCGCUGUCGGCACGAUAAUUUUCUUCAUUGCAUUCUUCGGAUGCUGCGGAGCUGUCAGAGAAAAUUACUGCAUGAUAGUAACGUUUUCCACCUUGAUGGUCCUCGUCUUCAUCCUAGAACUUGCCGGUGGGAUUUCCGGCUACGUCUUGCGAUCACACGCAACGCACGUUGUGGCUGAUAAAAUGCACGAAUCUAUGGCUCGGUAUUCGGAAAGCAAAGAGAUUGCUCUCGUUUGGAACAAUCUUCAGGAACAUUUUCAGUGUUGCGGAACGCACAACAUAACGGAUUGGCAACCAUAUUUUGCAAACGAUACGCUUCCACAGUCUUGCUGCAACAAGGAAACUGGUUUCCCUGGAAACGAAACCUGCAGAAUUGAUUCACCUAAUGUUCAACACCAGGACUGCUUCACCCGUUUACUUAUGGUUAUUAAUGGUCACGCUGUUCAACUCGGAGGUGUUGGAAUCGGUGUGGCUUUUGUACAGCUAACAGGUGUGAUGAUCAUGUCGAUCGCCACGACUAUUUACGCCGUUUACGAAGACUUCUCCCAUUUUCUUGAUCCGACAUAUUUUUCACCGGCCACUUUGCUGAUGGUAGUUGGCGUGCUGAUUUUCAUUAUUGCAUUUCUUGGAUGCUGUGGAGCGAUCAAAGAAAGCACAUGCAUGGUCUUGGUGUUUGCUGUGUUGAUGUCCCUGGUAUUGACACUAGAAAUAUCAGCAGCAAUUGCUGCGUUGUUCUUACAAUGUGGGAUCAAAAAUGUUCUUUCGGGUCUGAUCGAGACCAACAUGCACCAGUACAAACAGAAUGUGGAAGCUAGUCUCGCCAUCAAUUUUCUACAAUCAAAGCUCCAUUGCUGCGGAUACGAUAGUUACAAAGAUUGGGAUGCUGUGCCUUCAAUAAAUGAGAACGAUUCGGGGGUUCCAAAUUCAUGUUGCUCUUGGUACACCGAAUUUCACAAUUCUACCAUGUGUGCUAGUGUUUAUGAAUCCGGAUGUAUCAACCGAUUAGAUAUUGUGAUCAGUAGAAGCGCUCUUUAUCUGGGCACUGGAGCCACUGCCAUUGCUUUAAUCCAGUUGACUGGAAUAAUGUUCGCUUGCAUGUUGGGACGUUCUAUCAGACGUCAGAAAACGGAGAGAGAAAGACGCCGUUGGGAACUUCGAGAAAGUUUGGUGAACGGUUAUCAACAAAUUGGGAGAUCGGAUCCUGUUGCCACCUUCCCUGUAGUCUACAUGCAGUCACCUGAUUACCCCUUGAAUCAUCCUGUCAGCUCUGACGCUUAGACGAGUUAAUGUUUUUUAUAUUGUAUAAGAAGAGGAGAAUGAUUCGGUUUUAUUCGUUCAAUUUUGAUCCAACGGGUUACCAAUUUUGCAAAAAUUAGACCCGGAUAAGGAAGAAUACUUGCGCGACCACUUAAGUCUUUUUCAGUUUUUAUACAUAAACCUAACGAUGAAUAUUUUACCUACGUAUGUACCCAACUACUAUGAUAAAAUUGAAUGCAGCGAAA